GAUUCAAACGCUAUUUGACAAGUCAAUUCGAUCUCAUUGUUUCCUUAUAUCGAGUACUCUAUCCUAUACUACACUGGCGGGGGACUUUCCUGUAUGUUCCAUCAAAGAGAAACAGGAAAAACCCACAUUAAAGCACGCUAUCACCCCUUGAGGUGUCUCUGUCCGUUACCUCGACUCCUCACAAAUGUUCAUCCAUCGAGAAUGAUUCAUUUCGUUUUCCUUUCAGCUCAUUUCAUAAUGCUUUUUUUUUUCUUUUUUUUUUUUUCCUUUUUUUUUUUUUUUCGUUUUACGCCUGCAGAGAAAUUAACCUUUAACCUUUACCCCUUCUUCCAUUCUUCUGUUCUUCUUUUUCAGAAUGCCGAAUUCUUAUUCUUUUCCUCUUUUCAGUAUAUCAUCCUGAUACAACAUCCUAGGUACAAGCCAGAGUUUGUUUCUACCUUUUCCAACCCCUCUCUAACAUCUGACGCCCUUUAACUCUCUCCUGCAAAUACUCCGUAUUAUGAGGGAAAAUCUGAAAUAAAUGUGCGGAGAUAACGGGGAGUGUUUCUCCUCCGCCGACCGAACCGGAUUGGGUGUAGCUGAGAAUCAGACCAGGUAAAUCAUUUAUAUUAACUUGAUCUGUUGAUCUCCGCUGCAGAGAGU